AUGAAGGGACAAGCAUUACUCAAUGAGUUCAUCAACAAUGUAGAGAGAUACCUAAAGAUUACACCAGCAUCAAAAGUAGACGUCGAUUCUGUUAGAACCAUCUCAAAGAUUUGUUUGGAUGCAGGUCUUACAAAAGCAGAAACACUUCAAGUAUUGAAUUUAGCACCAACUACUGAAGUAGAAUUACAACUUAUUAUUGAAGAGUAUGAUAGUAGAAUUGAUCCCGUCAAAUUGUUGGAUAAAAUUCAAGAAACAUUGGGAGUAGCCAUUCAAAAGACAAAGGCAGAAGAAGCAGAAAGAGAUAGAAUAGCAAAGGAAAUAGAACUAGAGAAACAAAAAGAAAGAGAAAAAGAAAGAGAGAAAGAAAAAUUAUUAAGAGAAAAGGAAAAAGAGAAAGAGAAAGAGAAGAAACUAAGGGAGAACAAUAACAAUAACAAUAACACUACCGACAACAACAACAACAACAACACCGACACCACUACCGCCACCACUAACGGCGAUCAACAACAACAGCAACCAAAUGAAUCAAAUCAUUUCCCAACCAAGUAUUCAAGUAUGAACGAUUCUGAAAGGAAUCAGUACAUUCAAGACAAUACAAUCAUAUUUUUUGGAAAUGCCAAAUUUGGACACAACACUCGUGGCAAGGUAACAACAUUUGCAGCCAAGACUGUUGCCAACAAGUUAAAGUCCAAACAAUAUUCCGUUGUCUAUAUUAAUGAAUACAACACGUCAAGAAAUACAAAGAAAAAAACACCCUCCCACUCGCAAACAUCGACCACAUCAUCAUCAUCAUCAUCAUCAUCAUCAUCAUCAUCAUCAUCAUCAUCAUCAUCAUCAUCAUCAUCAUCAUCAUCAUCAUCAUCAUCAUCAUCGACAACAUCUACCACAUCUACCUCAAAUCAAACCAAUGCAGUAGAAACUGAGUACAAUCAAAUUGUUGGAAGAAUGGUUGAUUUUGAGACUUGGAAGCGUGGGUUUCUAUCAACAAUGCCACAAGGAUUAUCUCCACAAGAUAGGCUUAGCUUUAUUCAAGAACAGUUAGAACAAGAGGAAAUACAGUUGGUUGACAACACCAAGUUGUUUACCUAUAAACAAUUGGAGAAUUUCUUUUAUAUUGCCUUUUUUAUGGGUCUUGUCAAACUCCCACGGGCGGAAGACCAUUGGAAUAGAAAGAGCCCUUUCCAUCCUCCAUCUGUUAUCCGCCCAUUAAUGUCAAGAAAAAGAUUUAAGUCCAUCCUCAAAUUCCUUCACUAUGACGAAGAUUCCGUCAUUCAAAUGAUUGAAAAAAAUUCAAACAACCACUAUAUCCCAUCAUUACGUUUAUCAAUCGAUGAAUAUAUGGCCCCUUAUAAAGGCUUGGUAAGGUUCAAGCAGUAUGAACCAGAUAAACCACACAAAUUUGGAUUAAAGUAUUUCGUUUUAUCUGACUCAAAUGGUUUUAUAUUGACCCAAUGGCUUUACAGAGGUAGUGAUGAAUCUACAACAAAAUCUGUAACAAUAGAUCCAUCUGUGGUUAGUUCUUUUCCACCAAAUAGUCCUCUUAAAAUCCCAAUCGAAUUUGCAGAGUGGGUCAGACAAAAAGUAGCUACAGAUGAUAGACCAUUGAGUCACUAUUUGUUUGCAAUGGAUAACUAUUACACAUCAUUACAAGUUGCCACUGUAUUAUCAAACUUUAGUCAAAACAUCAAUUCCAACAACGACGAUAACAAUCCCAACAAUAAGAUUCAUUAUGUAAUGACUGUAAGGUCCAUUAGACCAACGUACCUUUUCAAAGAUGGUUUAGGACGCAUGGUACAAAAGGACAACAAGAAAAAGUUGGCUGCUAUAGCAUUUCCAAAAGAAGACUCUGGUAUUCCCCAGGACAUUUGUGCCACCGCCAUCAAUGACAGCAAAGUAACAUAUUUUUUAUCAAAUGCCUGUAAUCCAUAUACAUUAAAAGAAGGAAAACUCACAAAGCUCGAUGUGCAGACUCAAUACAAUGCAACUACCCACGGAGUCGAUCUGUCAGGACAACUAUCAUCAAAUUGUCGGUCAUAUCCCCAUCGAAAAAGCAAAUACACACAUGUUAACAUAUUUGCGCAGUUGGAUCGUGCAAUGGUGAAUGCAUAUUGCAUCUUCAAAUCCCUUGAAGGCAAUAGCACAUACCGAUUUUGUGAUUUCACUCAAAACGUGGUAAGAGAUAAGCUUGGCUUGCAGGAGCCUAUUCAAAAACAAUUGGAACACUUGAAUCCAAUUACAUCAAAAGUAUUCCAGGAUCAAAGAGAUAGGAUUAAACAACUGGAACAAGAAUUGGCUACACAAUCCACAUACGUAACCAGUGGAAAUGGAGGCCAAUAUGCUCCCACUUCUGCUGCUGCUCCUCAAACUGUAGUCCACGCAUUGGUUCAAGGUGAUCUAAAUCCUUGUCAGUAUUGCAAAGUCCUUGAUGUAAAGCGUAGAACAAGAACCACCAAGACUUGUUGCCAAUGUAAAGUUAACUUUCACGAUGAAUGCUAUCUUAUAGCACAUCUCCCAGAAAACAAACUGCUUCUAUCGGCAAUAGUACAUCAACAUCAACAACAACGACAAGGAUAA